AAGUCUGAUACUAGAUUUAAAAAAUUAAUAAUGCAAGUACUACUUUAAGAGAAAAACGUCAACGUGAACGCCACAGUCCAAUCAAUCGAAAACUUUGUUUCGAUCUUCUUAUCCCCCUCUCUGGAAAACUUUGUAUCUCCUUCACAUCUAUAGUUAGAUCAUGGAUCCUUACAGGCAUCGCCCAUCAAGCGCUCAUAAUUCGCCUUUCAUGACCACUAAUUCCGGGGCACCGGUCUAUAACAACAACUCAUCUCUCACUGUUGGACCCAGAGGUCCAAUUCUCCUCGAGGAGUACCAUUUAGUAGAAAAGCUUGCUAAUUUUGAUCGUGAGCGUAUCCCAGAGCGUGUUGUUCAUGCUAGGGGAGCCAGUGCUAAGGGUUUUUUUGAGGUCACCCAUGAUAUUUCUCACCUUACAUGUGCUGAUUUCCUUCGAGCACCAGGUGUCCAAACACCCGUUAUCGUUAGGUUCUCUACUGUUAUCCAUGAGCGUGGUAGCCCUGAAACUCUGAGAGAUCCUCGUGGUUUUGCUGUGAAGUUUUACACCAGAGAGGGUAAUUUUGAUCUAGUUGGAAACAAUUUCCCAGUCUUCUUCAUACGUGAUGGAAUGAAAUUUCCUGACAUGGUCCAUGCUCUGAAGCCCAACCCAAAGUCCCAUAUUCAGGAGAAAUGGAGAGUACUCGACUUUUUCUCACAUCAUCCAGAGAGCUUGCACAUGUUUACUUUUCUCUUUGAUGAUAUCGGUGUCCCACAGGACUAUAGACACAUGGAAGGUUCUGGUGUUCAUGCAUAUACUCUCAUUAACAAGGCUGGAAAAUCACUGUACGUGAAGUUCCAUUGGAAACCAACUUGUGGGGUUAAGUCACUGUUGGAAGAUGAGUGUAUCAAAGUUGGAGGUGCCAAUCACAGUCAUGCUACUCAGGAUCUCUAUGACUCGAUCAAUGCGGGAAACUAUCCCGAGUGGAAACUUUUCAUCCAGACGAUGGAUCCGGAUCACGAACACAAGUUUGACUUCGACCCUCUUGAUGUCACCAAGACAUGGCCGGAAGAUAUUAUCCCUCUACAGCCAGUUGGACGAUUGGUGUUGAACAAGAAUAUCGAUAACUUCUUUGCGGAAAACGAGCAACUUGCUUUCUGCCCUGCUGUUAUCGUUCCAGGUAUCUACUAUUCUGACGAUAAGAUGCUCCAGACUCGUAUAUUUUCCUAUGCCGAUACCCAAAGGUAUCGUCUUGGUCCAAACUACUUGCAGCUUCCAGCAAAUGCUCCCAAGUGUGCUCACCAUAACAAUCAUCAUGAUGGUGCCAUGAAUUUUAUGCACAGGGAUGAGGAGGUGAAUUACUUCCCUUCCAGGUACGACAGUGUCCGUCAUGCAGAUGCUUAUCCUAUUCCAUCGACAAUAUGCUCCGGGAAACGUGACAGGUGCAUCAUUGAGAAGGAGAACAACUUCAAGCAACCUGGUGAAAGAUAUCGGUCCUUUACACCUGAAAGGCAAGAGAGGUUUAUUUGCCGAUGGAUUGAUGCGUUAUCCGAUCCAAAGGUCACCCACGAAAUCCGCAGCAUCUGGGUGUCAUACUGGUCUCAAGCUGACAAGUCUUUGGGUCAGAAGCUUGCUUCUCGGCUCAGCGUGAAGCCAAGCAUUUGAAACUGCAAUGCACGAAGUAUGGCGUAAAUGAAUGCAUGAGCACAAAUGAAGGGUGUUCAAUUUUAUGUUCUUGUCUUUUGUAUUCUGUAAUCUUGCUUUUAUUAUGAAUGAUUGAUCAGGUGACAGUCAUGAUCAGUAAUGUGGUAAAUUUGAAUUAUGACGUACUCUUGUAUUCAACUUAUAAUAAAUGAAGCCAUCUUAAAAGUUGCAGUAGA